AUGGCCAUGGCGGCCAGUCUGGGCUGCCAGCAAAACGGCAAACUCUCCCCCUUUCCCCAGGCUCGCUUCUUAACUCCUAGGUUGGAAGAGCUGGCUAAAUGCAAAACAGUAAAUCCACGUUUUAAAGCAGACAGAUCCCCCGCUGAAUGGUUCGUGACAGAGGCAGCUCUGAGGGCACAGGCAUCACCCAGGUUGAAGGAGCUGGCACAGCCUCGGCCUUGCCCAGCUGGCUGGGAAUUCCAUCGUUCCCCUUAUUCUGUGGUGACUCAGGCAGCAAAGAAUGCCGUAGCCUCAGAGAGGCUACUUGCUCUAGCCAAGCCAAGGCCACAAGCCAAAGCAGCAAACACAAAAUCUGGAAAGUAAAUCCAAGGAGUGGUUGUUGAAUCUGCGAAGUUUGGCAAACUCUCUGAACCUCAGAUCUACAUCUUAGGCAGUGGCAAUCCUUACCAAGUUUCCAAGCCUGCUCUUCAGUAUUUACCUAGUCUUCACAUUCUUGAAAUCAACCAUCCUGGGAGAGUAAAGGCAAAGUGGACAUUACUUGGCCUUGACAUUGACCAACUUGAGGAAGUGAUUAAAGUAUCUUGCACCCUUCAAAUCUGUAAACUGGGAAUGAUGUUUCAUCAGUUUGGGAGGCUCCAGUCUAUUGCUUGGUUGAGUAAAAUUUUGG